AUGUCUGAUUUGAAGCCAAAUGCACGAGAGGACAAAGACGUGGAGUCUGCGUCUGACAGCCCAGGUCGUACUCAGCAGCCAUUACAGAGUCACACAUUCUCCCUGAAGAACAAUGCUGCAGGUCUGUCCUCAGAUGAACACGAAAACCCUUUAAAUGGAACCCAGCCGAAUCCAUUUGUAUACAGCAGUGUCCCUGCUGUUCCCCAUGCAGGCAAUUCAUUGCCUUCAGGAGCACUUGUUAAUGGACCUGGUUCACACCCCACCUCAGAGGUACACUGUGUCCUGAACAAAGGCACUGUUUUAUCCAACAAUGUCCUGGAUGCCGCGUGGCAAGCGGAGAAGGACACGAGCCCCGAGGUGUCGCCACCACCUAGUGAGCUUCAAUCAGACGCUCGGAAGAACACAGCGGGGCCCGUCGUAAAAACACUGGCCGCACAGCCAGGUGUCAACACGCCACUGUCGCACUCGGAGGAGAAUGAGUCUAAACUGGCCUGUUCCACACUGUCAGGUGACGGCGCGGAGCAAAUGCACAUUAGCCAACCUUUGACAAAGCAGACAAUGAAAACAAGAUCUCGACGGGACGUAGAGCGGUCAGAAAGCUCUUCCGAUGAUUACGAUGACGCUGAGGUAAUCAGACGGGAUUCAACCAGAGAGCGCUUCUUGCAGGAUGGCAGAAGGCUGGAGACCAAAGUGAUGCACCAAAGAGACACGAAGCACAAUCCACAUGUAAAAUGCAUGUCAGGCUCUCCAGAAAAGGUUAACAGCAGUUUGAAUCUCAGACAUUUCUGUCUCUGCUGCGGUAAUGAUGUUGAAAAUGUUGACACUGGCAACAAAGAUGAUUCUUUGGGUACACAGUCUGAUAUUAAAUAUUCUGGUGUGCCAUUCAAAGAUGUGUCUACGAACGCAGCUUCAGACUCGCAGCGCUGUAUUUAUAGCACAGCGCAGGAAGGCUGUAAUGAGGAAAAUGACCCUGAAGAUGGAGACGGUUUUAGUCCGAAAGUGGAACAGGUGAAGAUGGAACAAGUUGAGCAGGCUCCGCUUCUCUUUUCAUGCACCAUAUGCAAUGUUAAUUUCAAGGAAAAAAUACAUUUCCAUAGACAUAUGAUGUAUCAUUUAGGCAAGCAUAAUCAGGUGAACAGUGAGGAUGUUUCACAGCCCUUUAUAUGCAGGGAGUGUGGGCGUUUGUUCUGCGAUAGCAACUCCCUCCUGAGCCACAUCACUAUUCACCAAGACAGGCUGGAAAACCUUACGGAGGAAAUCAAAGAAGACAGGGAGUGUCCUCAGUGUGUAUUUGGUUGUAAUUGUCCUAAAAUCUUUGUCCAGCACGCCAAAACACGCGAUAAUCUGAAGCACUACUACUUCUGUGAGGAGUGCAACUACAUGACGCUCACACAGCAAGCACUCGAAGCACACUUACAUGUCGCACACCUCAACAAACACCAGCCUCAAUGCAGGAAAGUCACUCCUAAUGAUGCAGAGGAAGCGGCCCGGGUUCAGUUUCAAUGUAAAAUGGGGUUUUUCAGUAGUGGGGACAAAAUGGUAUUGGAAAGACACUCGGAGCUGGAGCAUCAGCGACCACGCUAUGCUAACGGUAAGGUUUCUGACCAGCCCAGGAUAGCUGGCUCUAAACCAAAUCUGCAAACAGCCCAUUUCGCCCUCUGCUCUGCUAAAAACUGGGACAUUUACAUUCAAAACUCCAGUGAAAAAACAGUCAAUUCUACUCAGUUUAAGGGUCGCGUCGGCUGCGCCAAAAACAUGCUCUCGCCGUCAUUGUGGCGGGUCGACAGACAUGGGAAAUUACUCCUACAACCGAUGGAAAAAUUAGAUGUGGCAACUGAUCUCACCUGUGUGGAAGAAGAUGCUGACUGCAAGGCUUUUGGCAGCUCGAAGCAGACAAACUGUCCUGCGACCCCUGAUUUUUUACUGUCAGCCAGAAAUCUUAAAUUAGACCAGAUGUUUUAUCAGGAUGGCAAGAACGAGCGUUUACAAGCACAAGCAAAGCAAAAUCCUCCAUCGGUGAGAAGAAUGUCAACACCCUUGCAUAACACUAUUGACAAUUUGAAUGGUAAUAAAUCGCCACGACUUAGCCAGAGGCUAAAGAAAGAGUCUGCAGAGAAGGAGUUAGAGAGAGGCUGUGAGGGCGGCAGCAGCUUCAGUGAUGACACCAGCCGAGCUACAGGCAGCUUCUUGGAAAGCAGCGAGAAUGAAAGGAACCCAUAUGCUCGCAGGUAUUUCAGAAAGAGGCAGAAGUUUUCAGCCAAAGACCAGAACCCUCGUGUACUCAAGGAUGAAGAUGAUGGAGAUGAAGACUGUAGUGACAUAGAGCAACUCAUAAUCAAAGAGGAGUAUGUCGAAACAACAGUGUGCGGCGAUUCCCCACAGUCGCCUCCUACAUCUACGAGCGUCCCCGCACAGGGAGCAGAGCACAAGCCCUGUCCCUACUGCCCUGCCACGUUCGAGUCCGGAGUGGGUCUGUCCAAUCACGUGCGAGGGCACCUUCACCGAGUUGGUUUGAGCUACAACGCCCGGCACAUGGUUUCGCCGGAGCAGGUGGCGCUGCGGGACCAUCAGCCACGACUCCGCAGAAGGAUCCCCUGUGGCACGAGGAGAAUCAGGAGAGCUGUGAAGCCAGAAGGCCAAGGCGAGCACACAUGUCCCCUCUGCUGGGGUUGGUUUGAUACCAAGACUGGACUCUCCAACCAUGUGAGGGGACAUCUGAAACGAAUUGGCAGAAGAGUUACCAGCACCAGUAAGUCCCCGCUGUGCAUCCUCAAUGAGCUCCUGCAGGACAAACGGGAGCAUCGGAACAUCCUCCAGGUCCUCCACAAGAGCCACUUCCCCUCACGAUCCUCUGUCUCUCAGAGGUUAUUCAGCAGCAGCGGUCUGGUCCCGAUGAGCAUGGGCCUCCCAGUGAAAAUCCAGUAUGAGAUGAGGAGUCCGCAUCCCAUAUUGGACGGCUUUGUACCAAAGCAGGAGGCAGAGGCCUUCUCAGAGAGGAAGAAGCUUCUGGUAGAAGCACAAAGAGGCACUAAGUCCUCCUCCAGCACUUUAGUUGAACUGCUUAAGAUGAGACAGGAAAGCAUGGAGCUUGCAGCGAGAACCAGCCCGGACGCCUAUGCAACCAGGAAGCUCUGUGAUUUGACCAAAGAUUACACAGAGGAGGCACAGAUGACCGGCGUGGAGCCAAACUGGGCUCAUGAGGAAUGUGAUCCAAGUAGGAUUUGUGUUCAGUGUAACAGCACAUUGGCCGGGCUUCCUGGUCAUCUUCACGCCUUUGUACACAGGAAGAGGACUGGCGUCUAUGAAGGACCAGGCUCUGAUUAUAAACAGAAGAAGCCAAGACUGAGGCCUGGGCUGAAAAAGAAGAUUUUGCACUCCUUGAAUGCUGAGAUAUACACACUCACCUGCAGAUUCUGUGAUCUCGUCUUCCAGGGUCCCCUGUCUAUCCAGGAAGACUGGAUCAAGCAUUUACAGAGGCACCUUCUGCACACCAGCGUGCCCCACUCAGGGACGGGGAUGGUAGAGGUUUUGGGUCUUCAUCACAAAAUACAAAUAAGCAUGUCUGCUGCGCACCCAGAUCUCGAGGAGAAUUUUACCAUCUAG